AUGCUGGCUUCGACGAUUGUCAUGUUCAUGCAGCAAUUCUGCGGAGUCAACGUUAUUGCAUAUUACUCCUCCGAAAUCUUUCUUGAAGCCAACUUCGCUCCAUCCUCCGCCCUCGCCGCAUCCCUCGGCUGGGGUGUCAUCAACUGGCUCUUCGCCAUCCCCGCCAUAUUCACCAUCGACUCCUUCGGCCGCCGCAACCUCCUCCUAACCACAUUCCCCUUAAUGUCCCUCGCCAUGUUCUUCACCGGCUUCAGCUUUUGGAUCCCCGAAACCCACCACGCCGCUCGCACAGGCUGCGUCGCUCUAGGCGUCUACAUCUUCGGAAUCGUCUAUUCCCCCGGCGAAGGACCCGUCCCGUUUACAUACUCUGCCGAGGCAUAUCCGCUGUACGUCCGGUCAUACGGGAUGGCGCUGGCCACGGCGACAACGUGGUUUUUCAACUUUGUGCUUGGUGUGACGUGGCCGGCUUUGCGGAAUGCAUUUACGGCUCAGGGGGGGUUCGCGUGGUAUGCGGGGUGGUGCAUUGUCGGAUGGGUUUUGAUUCUGUUGUUUGUGCCAGAGACCAAGGGGAAGACGCUGGAGGAAUUGGAUCAGGUGUUUUCGGUUCCGACGAGGUUUCAUGCGGCGUUCGGGCUGAGGCAGGUUUUGUACUUUUUGAAGAGGUAUCUGCUUCGAAGGGAGGUGGAGCCGGAGCGAUUGUAUGAGAAGGAGGAUGCGGGCUUGGAUGGUGGAUCGCAUGCGUGA